CACCGUGCAGAAGUGCAAUUUUAUGUUGUGAUGUAAAGCCGGAAGAAAGCGUUAAUGGUUCUGAAUCCAAUAAUCUUACUGCUGAUGAAAUAAAAAAGCGGCAAAAUGACCGAACACAAGUUAUUCCAGUAGAAACAUCCAUGAGAUACCUUAAAAGUUCCGCAUACAAAGAAACCUAUGGAGAUCAAUUAGUUUGGGAGCAGUAUAGGCGUAACCACAAAGGAGCCAUUCCACCGCGUAAAACACGUAAAACUUGUAUUAGGAAAGGAGUAAUAUCUACCGGAAAUCCUUGCCCUAUUUGCCGGGAUGAAUAUUUAGUGUUAGACCACCGAAAUAUUGACCUACUGCAACAGUUUAUUUCGCCACACACAGGUCAAAUUCUAAGUUAUUCUAAAACUGGCCUUUGCCAAAAAAAACAUUUUGAAUUAACAGUGGCCGUUGAACGUGCACGGGAUUAUGGACUUAUAACUUUUGACGUACCAUUUAGAGAAUUCGAUCUUGACGAAUACUACGGAAAAGCUGAAGUAAAAAAAGAAUAACAAACCUAUACUCUUUAAAUUUA